AUGGCGGCGGCGGCGGAGGAGGCGCGGCUGCUGGCCUGUCUGCGCGGCCCGGCGGCGCCCGGCGGCCCCGAGCUCGCCGCUUAUGUGUCGGAGCUGGCGGCGCUGGGGCUGGCGGAGCUGGGCCGGGAGCCGGCGCGGUUGGCGGCGGAGCGGGAGCGGGUCGGGGCCGAGACGCGCCGCCUCGCCUUCGAGCACUACCGAGCCUUCAUCCGCUCCGCCGAGUGCACCGGCCGCGCCGGCCGCGGCUUCGGCGGCAUCGAGAGCCGCCUCGGCAGCCUGCUGGAGCGGCUGCCCGCGCUGCAGGAGGCCUGCCGGACCUUCAUGCGCGAUGCCGAGGCCAUCGCCUGCAGCCGGCGCAUGAACAGCCUGACGCUGAACCGGCACACGGAGAUCCUGGAGAUCCUGGAGAUCCCGCAGCUCAUGGACACCUGUGUCCGGAACGGCUACUACGAGGAGGCGCUGGAGCUCACGGCCUACGUGCGCAGGCUGGAGAGGAAGCACAGCAGCAUCCCCGUUAUCCAGGGCAUCGUGGACGAGGUGCGCCAGUCGGCGCAGCUGAUGCUGAACCAGCUGAUCCAGCAGCUGCGCACCAACAUCGCGCUGCCCGCCUGCCUGCGCGUCAUCGGCUUCCUGCGCCGCAUGGACGUGCUCACCGAGGCCGAGCUGCGCGUCAAGUUCCUGCAGGCGCGGGACGCCUGGCUGCGCUCCAUGCAGGCCUCCAUCCCCGACCACGACCCCUACGUGCACAUCACCAAGACCAUCGAGGCGUGCCGCGUGCACCUGUUCGACAUCGUCACCCAGUACCGCGCCAUCUUCUCGGACGAGGAGCCGCUGGUGCCGGCCGAGGCGGCGGCGCCGGGCGAGGGGGCCAUCUUCCACAGCUGGGUGCUGCAGAAGGUCUCCGAGUUCCUGCGCACGCUGCGGCGCGACCUGGAGCGCGGCGUGGGCGGCCGGCUGGACUCGCUGCUGGGGCAGUGCAUGUACUUCGGGCUGUCCUUCAGCAGGGUGGGCGUGGAUUUCCGCGGGCAGCUGGCCCCCCUCUUCCAGCGCGUGGCCGCCGACGCCUUCAGCAAGGCGGUGGAGGAGGCGGUGGAGAAAUUCCGGGAGGAGAUGAAUUCCUACACGCUGAUCUCGGCCCCGGCCGUGCUGGGCGGCGGGGCAGGAGUGCCGGUGCCCACAGCCCAGCCUGGAACGCUGCAGCCCCCCAUGGUGCUGCUGGACUUCCCACCCCUUGCCUGCUUCCUCAACGGGCUCCUCGUGGCCUUCAAUGACCUGCGGCUGUGCUGCCCCAUCGCCCUGGCACAAGACGUCACCGCCUGCCUGGACAGUGCCCUUGGUGAGGUGACCAAAACCAUCCUGGCUUUCCACCGUGCUGAGGAGGCGGCUUUCAGCGGGCGGGAGCAGGAGCUCUUUACCCAGUUUUGCACAGCCUUCCUGGAGGACCUGCUGCCUUACCUGAACCGCUGCCUCCAGGUGCUUUUCCCUCCAGCACAGCUUGCACAGGCACUGGGUGUCCCCCCCACGCAGCUGCAGCGUUUCGGCCGCCUGGGCCGCAUCGACGUGGCCGCUCUCAGGGAGCCGCUGGCUUUCCUCCUUCCACCGGCACCGAGCGAGGAGGAGCUGCCCACGGAGACUGUCCCGGACCCGGAGGGGGAGCACGCGGCCGUGCCCACUGUGCCUACCGAGCCCGGGGAGAGCCCCUCCGGGGAGGCUGCGCUCUGGGAGGCGUCGGGCUGGGCCGCCCGGAUCAUCCAGCACGAGAUGGACCACCUGGAUGGGAUCCUCUUCAUCGACCGCAUGGACAGCCGCACCUUCACCAACGUGGGCUGGAUGGAGCUGCUGGACUGAGCCUGGGCAAAAACCAGCGCGGCUCCGGGGGCUCCCACUGAGCUUUAUUGCAGCCAAUACAGACCUGUGGCCUCA